AUGCUGUCGAGCUGAAGGCAUUCGAUACUGGAUAUGUGGAGUCUAGAUCUGAAAGUACAGCUCGGAGAGCCAUCGAAGGUAAGGAGGGAGUUGGGGACUUGGUGGAGGUGAAGACAACGCAACUCAUAUAAAGCAUGCAAGAGACUACAGUGGAAGACGAUACCACGCUCAUUAUCGAACACUAUGUCUUACUUCAAAGUGCACUCAAACUCCUCUUCUGGAGCUGAAUCCCCUUCCUCACCUACUUCAACUAUCUUCUCAGGAUACAGUACCCCUGCUUCUGACAUCGACGAGCUCCAGUCUUACGAUUCGGGAACAUACAACGAUCGUCGAUCACAGAGCGUACUCGUGGUUGGUGGAUUGGGCUAUAUCGGUAGCCACACGUCGCUGGAGCUCCUCAGAGCUGGUUAUAAUGUUGUGAUCGUCGACAAUCUGGACAACUCGUACCUAACAACACUGGACCGUAUCAAGGCACUGCGAGAUGAUCAUUUUCGCAAUGCCUCACUGAGACCGUCAGUUGCGUUCCACGAAGCCGACUACCGAGACAAUCGUGCCAUGUCUGUCAUUAUGGAACGGUAUAGCGCUGGGUCAGGCUCCGCCAUCGAAGGCGUCAUCCACUUUGCCGCACACAAGGCCGUUUCCGAAAGCAUCCAGCAGCCGUUGCGGUACUACUCCAACAACGUAGCAGGCAUGGUCACCUUCUGCUCGCUAUUGGAUAGUCUGAACAUCAAGAAACUCAUCUUUUCGUCAUCCGCCGCCGUUUAUGGCGAGGUCACACCCGAAACUGGGCUGCGAAUAAGCGAAAAUCAUUGCCUGCACGAAACCCGCGAAUGGAUCGACGUGGCAGGUCACAAGCGAAUUACCCAGGGCGGCUGCACGGCGAUCUCAAAUCCAUACGGCCGCUCCAAGUGGAUGUGCGAGGCAAUUCUGAACGACCUGGCCAUCUCAGACCCAGAGUGGUCUGUGGUGGCUUUGCGCUACUUCAACCCCAUAGGUUGCGAUGCUUCUGGCAAACUAGGUGAAGAACCUAGGACAGCACCCAGCAACCUCAUGCCGAGCUUGCUACGAGUCAUGAAUGGCCAAACGCCGCAUCUGAAGAUCUUCGGCACCGAUUGGGAUACUAGGGACGGCACGGCAAUGCGCGACUUUAUCCAUGUCAGCGAUCUAGCUCUGGGGCAUGUUGCUGCCCUCAAAGCUGUGGGUGAGGCACGGGUGGGACCCGGCUUCCACGCGUACAAUCUAGGCACUGGCGAUGGUAAUUCUGUCAAGGAGAUCGUGUCAGCAAUGCAAGCAUGUUCAGGAAGGGUCAUAGAGACGCAGGAGGUUGGACGUCGCGCGGGUGACGUAGGCGUUGUUGUGGCGGACCCCACGAGGGCAGCUUCAGAGCUCGACUGGAGGACGGCAAAGUCGAUCGGUGAUUGUUGCCAGGAUCUCUGCCGCUUUCUCAAUAUUAAUAGUUUCGUGGGGAGUAGCUGAAUUUGUGUCUGAUUUCUUUUUCCAUCCAGACAAUGGGAGCGGGCGGGAGAAAAAC